AUGCAGGCAGAAUUCAUUGCAGUAUAUGAAGGAAUGUGUGAAGGGCUAUGGAUUAGAAAUUUCUUGAUGCAGACUAGAAUUUUAAGUCAUAUAGUUUCUGAUGCUCUUGUAAUUUAUUGUGACAAUGAGGCAGCUGUGUUCUUCAGUAAAAACAGUAAAAGGUCAAAUAACUCAAAGCAUAUUGACCUCAAGUAUUACAGUGUGAGGGAGAGAGUCAAGCAUGGUGAAAUUUCAGUAUUGAGUAUAAGCACAGACUUUCAGCUUGUAGAUCCAUUCACUAAGGCAUUGUCAGUUGCAGCAUUCAAGAAACAUAUUGAGAACAUUCGUGUUUUACCUAGUUUAGAUGGUCUUGUAACUUCAGUGAACAUGUUCCUUCAGUUUAAAGUACAAGCAUUAAGACCAUCAGUGUUUUCGGUUUUGCUUGAGUUUCAUUUUGAAACAUUCAGUUGGACCAUUCAGAAGCUUAAGUUGGUGAAUAGCAGAAGACUUCGACCUCGUCUUCAUCUUUGUUUUGCAGCUGCAGCAAUGGCUUCUACUUAUGACGUCAAUGAUGCCCUCUUCUUUGUCACAGCCGAUGGCUAUGCCCUUCUCUACAACUUCAAUGCUUCUCUUAUUGCAGAUGCUGAAUCUGCGAGUACUGGGGUCAAGUAUGUGGGAACCCAAGUGAGCUAUCACGUCGAAAAUAGCACAGCUCUGGAGAUGGUCUACCGAAUCAACAUCGGUGGAAGCCAAGUUUUACCGAACGAAGACACUGGCAUGUACCGGUAUUGGGAUGUCACUGAUGAAUCUUACUUGGAUGAUAUGAGUAGAAAAUACAUUGUUAUACAGAUAACCACAAGCAUGCAACUCAAAUUUAACAAUUUAGCCACUGAUAUUACCUUUAUGGGAGGCCGACGGUUUGUAGUCUACAUUGCUAAUCAAUCUGCUGAAGAACAAGCGGACAUAGUCAUGUGGGGUAGUGGAAAUGGGAUUCCAAUAUACAGAGACUAUAUCGUGUUCAUGUCUGGCACGGGAGGCCACAAGAAAGUAAUGUUAAACUGA